AUGGCUCUACACAACCUUGGUCUCUGGAUCUGCCUUGCCUCGUUGAUGAAUGCUGUUGGUGUUUCUGGUGACUGCUGGCUCAUUGAAGGAGAGAAGGGAUUUGUCUGGUUAGCAAUCUGCAGCCAAAACCAGCCCCCUUACGAAUCCAUUCCUCAGCACAUCAACAGCACAAUUGUCGACCUCCGUCUGAACGAGAACAAGAUCAGAAGCGUCCAGUACUCCUCGCUCAAUAGGUUUGGCAACCUGACCGAACUCAAUCUGACCAAAAACCAGAUUUCCUACAUUGAGGAUGGAGCCUUUUCUGCACAGUACAACCUGCGCGUCCUACAGCUGGGGUUCAACAAGCUCCGGAAUAUCACCGAGGGGAUCCUGCGGGGUCUCGGCAGGCUGGAGUACCUGUACCUCCAGGCCAACCUCAUCGAGGUGGUGAGUCCUAAUUCCUUCUGGGAGUGCCCGAACGUGAUGAACAUCGACCUAUCCAUGAAUCGGCUGCAGUCGCUGGAAAGUUCCACCUUCCUGGGACUUAGCAAACUCUCGACUUGCGAACUCUACGGCAACCCGUUUGACUGUUCCUGCCAGCUGCUGGGCUUCCUCAAGUGGCUGGUGCAGUUCAACAACACCACUAGGAACUAUGACCGCACUCAGUGCUCGACUCCGGCCGAGUUUGCUGGAAGCCCGUUGCUGGGACAGGGUCAGUCUGGCUCUGAGGACGCCCUGAGCUCCCUGCUUCUCCUGUGCAAUGAGGAGUUCCACUCCAUCGACCCCAGGUUCCUCUUCACGCAAAAACCCACGGCCACCACCGCCACUUCCGAGAGCCCGUGCGAGGCCGAAGACUGUCCAUCGGGCGAGGAGUCCACCCCACUGAUCUCCUUCCAGACGCCAGUCAUCACGAUGGAUGUGACGCCGGAGCUAAAGCUGAAGGAGGUGUCGUACACCACGGUGACCCUACUGGUCCGCAGCCCGUCCUCCGCCGCUAUGCCCAGCCUUUUGGUUCAGUACAGUAACAGUGCAUCCAAGGACGUGAAGAGCCUUGAUACGCAGGAAGAGGAGAUCAAAGUGGAAGAGUUAGCCCCCAACACCAACUACACCUACUGCGUGGCUUCAGUGCGCAACUCCCUGCGUUAUAACCAGACGUGCAUUAGCUUCUCUACCAGGGCUAGGAUCAGAAGCAAACCACUACCGGCCGCUUCCAGCACCACGCACUACAUCAUGACCAUCUUGGGCUGCCUGCUCGGAGCUGCGAUCCUCCUCAGUGUGAUCUACUACUGUCUCCGUAAGAAGAAGGAAGAGCGGGUGAAGGACAAAAGACCAGGAGACGCAAAGAAGACAAUCAUUGAGCUGAAAUACGCCCCAGAGUUGGAGACAAUCACUAUUACCCAGAUGGCGCAGAAACCCCCACCGCCUUCCGAUAUCAUGUCUUCUAGGUUACCGUACCUGCCCUCGCCAAGGGCACUGGACGAGUAUGAUGUGCAGGAGGAACUCGACAGUCCCAACACCAGCCGGGGUAGCUAUAUGGACGUGAGGACAGGAGAGCACCCGUACCACCGGGACAUCCUGGAGAGUAUGUUCGCAGAGAGCCACGACUCAGCGACCGAGAUCUCCACCAUAGCCAAGGAGGUGGACCAGGUCAAUCUCAUCAUCAAUAACUGCAUCGACGCUCUACAGACCGAGAGCAGCUCGUUCUGCGGACCCGGAUCCGGUCCCUCUGUGGAAUCACAAGGCUUCUUGAGGGCCGAUCAAGCCCUGGGCAAAUCGGGGUUCCUGUCGCCGGUGUACCGGGAGAGUUACCACCCACUAAAGAGGCACAGCAGCAUGGACGCGGCGCCCAGGUGUCCCAGCAAUGCGUCCAACUGCUCGGUGCGCAGUCCCAGAUCAGUGCGCUCCGACAUCUAUGCUUGCCCCAGGUACAAGCCGGAAAGUAAAUAUAUUGAAAGGACCUCUCCGGCACGUAGUGCCGUCCUGAGCGCGACUCCGUGCCGAAUUGGGAGAGUAGAAGCGGGCCAAAUGCAAACCAACAGUGACCACUCGCACCUCUACGCCGGCUUGCACCCCGGGGAGAAAAAGCAAGCCAGGAGUCCGAGUCCCUGUGUCAUCGAAGCGCCGCCGCGAUCUCGCUCCCGCAGGAACCUGGCCUACACUCAGUUCUCCCCCCAGUACCACAGCGUCAGCUACGCCUCCAGCCCCGAGUACUCCAGCAAACCCUCCAAGGGCGUGUGGGAGCGCUACAAACCGCACGAGAAGUGGCGCAGGCAAGAGGAAUACCUGGCGGCCGGGUACGCGCUGAGAAAGAAAGUCCAGUUCGCGACGGACGAGGAUUUGCAUGAUAUUCUAGAUUACUGGAAAGGGGUUUCCAGCCAACAUAAAUCCUGAUCCCUAGUUUGCCGGGACUACAUUGGGCACAACAAUGGAGAAGUUCAAAAGUGUCUCUUUUUUAUUGGAAAGAAAAUAUUGUUGAAAUUGGUAUCUAAAAUGUAUAAAGGAAUUCUUUACAAAUAUAUAUUAUAUGUAUACAAACAUGCAUAUAUAUAGAUAGUUAGAUAUAUGCAUGUAUGUAUGUAUGUAUAUAUACAUACAUAUAAAAGAAUAUAAUAUAUAUUUAUGAAGAUAGACGGUUGGAGAUAAGGACACCCAGAAGCCUUGGAAUAUCAGAUAUUAUUUAUCGCAUGACUCUAUCCUGUGACUGUGUCUCACUGUGGUGUACACGGGGCAUUGAUUGUUGUACAGUGCACACUGUGACUGGACUGUACUGUGUCAUUGUAGCUCACAUGCUGCUCACACCCUGCAUUGUACAGUAAUAUUUACCAGUAAAAACACCUCCUCCCUGCAGUUAUGUACAGAUAAAUUUCUAUAUUUGCAAUGAUGUUCCUGGGUUUUUCCGCCUGUUUGUAUCAGGUUUUAAUCGCGGGUUUUACAGAGCAGUUGUUUGAUGUCCACUGACCACAAGCAUUGGAUAAAAUUGGACUGGCAAAAAAAAACGAACUGAAUGGUUUCUUCUGUCGCGCUCCCGCUGGUCCAACUCGCUGGCUCUCUCAAUGAGAGGAAGGUCUGUACUGCCAACAGGUACACAGGAAAAAAAAAGUAGUGAGGCUAGAGAAAGAGAGAAAGUUUGAGGUAAAAGAAACAUUUAUAAAACACUGAUAUUUUGACAGUGCUUCUACAGGGAGGUCUAAGUCAACUUUAUUGUUGUUAUGGGUAUACAAUACAUACACAGGAUAUACAAUAUACA